UAGGAAAGAUAGUUGCAAACAAAAGCAGCAUAACGACAGAAAAGCUUGAAGAGACGAGGGAUCGGAGGGACUGCCCUCAAAUGGUAAACAGCACAAAAUCGUCUUCUGUACAAUCGUCGGACUAUUACAGCAUCAACUUGAAGUAUCUUGAUUGGAGCCGCAAACGUAUCAAGGAGACCGUGAUCCUCGUGUCUCCAGCAGAACCAACAAGAAAGGUGAUCGAAUUCGUUCUUUUGUCCAGCAAAAGAAUGAAGACGGUGGAUCAUGCGGGAAAUUUCAAGAAGUCCGAACCUUCGAAGGCACUGAAAGCCCUCGCAUCAUCAGGCAGCCAUUUGCCGCAAACCAACAUGUCAACUGGCGAGAGGUUGCGUAAACUUAUCGGGUGGGAGAAGUGAGUUAGCAAACAUCUCUAUGAGUUAGCAAACAUCUCUAUGAGUUAGCAAACAUCUCUAUGAGUUAGCAAACAUCUCUAUGAGUUAGCAAACAUCUCUAUGAGUCAGCAAACAUCUCUAUGAGUUAGCAAACAUCUCUAUGAGUUAGCAAACAUCUCUAUGAGUUAGCAAACAUCUCUAUGAGUUAGCAAACAUCUCUAUGAGUUAGCAAACAUCUCUAUGAGUUAGCAAACAUCUCUAUGAGUUAGCAAACAUCUCUUUGAGUUAGCAAACAUCUCUUUGAGU